UUUGGAUAUUCGCGCGUAAUAUAAAAAUUUAAAAUAAAAAUUUAUUUUUUUAUUUUUUUUUUCGGAUCGGUAAAAAUUUUAAAAAUAUCAACAAUAAAUAAUAAUAAAAAAAAAUUGAGGAAAAUUUUUAUUUGGAUUUUAACUGAAAAAUAACAGUUUUUUUUUUUUUAUUUUCCCCGUCUAAUAAAUAUACAAGUGACAUCUAUUUUAAUUAGUCAAAAAUUAUUUGUUAUAAAAAGUCAAAAAAUUUUAACGUGAUUGUAAUUACACAUAUGUGCCUCUUAUCAAUAAUAAUAUCGUAAAUUAAAAAUUUGAAGAGCAAUUUUUCUGUGCUUUGGAUAAAAAAAAAUUUUUUAUUUAAUUUAACAGAUCUCUCACAUACACACAUACACUUUAUCCUAAUUAUCAACUUAAAAUAAGAAGACAAAAAAGAAAAAGAAAAAAUGAAGAAAUUUUUUAUAAUAUUAUUUAUAACAUUAAUAUCAACAGUAUCUUGUCAAUUAUAUUUUCAUCAGCCACCGCCAAGAUUCUUUUAUCAAAGUCAACCACAACAAUUUGCACCACAAAUACAUUCGGUAGCACAUAGAGCUGUUGUUGAAAAUGCAUAUAGAGAAUCAAUGUUACCACCAGAAUAUAUGAAUCGUUUUUAUAAAAAUCCAAGAAUAGCUGAAGCAUUAGCUAAAGAAUCAUGGUUUACAAAUCAAGAGAUGCCAGUAUUUGAUAGAGCUGCUGAAAAAAUACCACGUGAAAUGAUAUUUAAAAUAUUCCGAAAUGCUGGUUGGAUAAAACGGAAAUGAAAUUAUUUAAAUAAUAAAUUAAAUAAUUCUGUUUUUUAAUUUAAAUUUUUCUUUUAAUUUUUAAUUUUUAUUAUUUUAAUUUUAAUUUAUGUAACAUAUUAUUUUUUUUUUAUUUGAAUUUUUUAUUUAUUUUAUAAAAUUAAUUAUAAUUUUUUUUUUUGCAAUAAUAUUAAGGAUGCGCCAAUUUAAUAUAAUUUUAAAUAAAAUAUUACAUUAUGUACAUUAUUAUUAUAUUUAUAUAUAAUUUUAUAUGUUCAUGUACAAUUGUAUAAUAAUUAUUUUAAUAAAAUGUAGAAUUUAAUAAAAGAAAAUGGAGAAAACGA